GGUGGAGCACAGGAGGAAGGAGCCAGUUCUGGCCAGCUCAGAACUCUGCAAACCUUCUGGGUCUGUCUGUGUUUCGGACUCCGCUGGAGAACUCUUCAUUUACUGCUUCCCUGGGAUCUAAGCAUGCAUACUCAGGGGCUUCUCAGCUUGGUGUCGUUUCUAUUCAUGUCUUCACUCUUCGUCCUGCUGCCUGUUAUUUCGCAAAGUUUCUCCUUGUCCCUGCGGAAUGGUUGGGGAAGGACCUCGCCUUGCCGACUGUCCCUGACUGAGUCAGAGCGCAGGUGUCGAAUCCCUGGUGGAAAACUCUGCAGUGGCAGAGGCCAGUGUGACUGUGGGGUCUGCAUCUGCCAAGUGACUGAGCCAGGCAAAUACUAUGGGCCCCUCUGCGAAUGUCAUGAGUGGGUGUGUGAAACCUACGAUGGGGAAACUUGUGCAGGCCAUGGAAAGUGUGACUGUGGAAAGUGCAAAUGUGAGGACGGUUGGUAUGGUGAUGCCUGCCAAUACCCAACGACCUGCAACCUUACGCGGAAGAAAAGUAACGAAAUGUGCAAGAAUUCGCAAGAUAACAUCUGCUCAAAUGCAGGAACUUGUCAUUGUGGCCGAUGUAAAUGUGACAAUUUAGAAGGAAAUGGAUUGAUCCAUGGUAAAUAUUGUGAGUGUGAUGACCGAGAAUGCAUAGAUGAAGAAACAGGAGAGAUGUGUACAGGCCAUGGAAAGUGUUACUGUGGAAACUGCUACUGCGAGGCUGGUUGGCAUGGCGAUAAAUGUGAACUUCAGUGUGACAUUACCCCAUGGGAGAUCAAGAGGAGGUGCACAUCUCCAGAUGGCAAAAUCUGCAGCAACAGAGGCACCUGCAUAUGCGGUGAAUGCACAUGUCAUGAUGUUGACCCAACUGGAGACUGGGGAGAUAUUCAUGGAGACACCUGCGAGUGCGAUGAACGAAAUUGCAAGGGAGUCUAUGACAGAUACUCAGAUGAUUUCUGUUCAGGUCAUGGACAGUGUAACUGUGGAAGAUGCGAUUGUAAGCAAGGAUGGACAGGGAAGAAAUGUGAGCAUCCACUUUCUUGUCUCAUGUCGGCAGAAGAGAGCGCUAGAAAAUGUCAAGGGAGCUCACAUUUGCCAUGCUCUGGAAGAGGGAAAUGUGAAUGUGGCCAGUGCACUUGUUUCCCUCCAGGAGAGUCCAAAAUAUAUGGCAAAAUCUGCGAGUGUGACGAUCGGCAAUGUGAAGACAUAGAUGGUGUCGUCUGCAGUGGUCACGGCAUGUGUUCCUGCGGUCGAUGCAUUUGCAAGGAUGGAUGGUUUGGGAAGUUGUGUCAGCACCCAAGGAAGUGCAACAUGACGGAAAGCGAGAGCAGAAGUUUCUGCGAAUCGGCGGACGGCAUAUUGUGCUCAGGGAAGGGUUCUUGUCACUGCGGAAAGUGCAUCUGUUCGCCCCAGGAAUGGUACAUCACAGGGGAAUUCUGCGAAUGCGACGACAGAGACUGUGACAAACACGAUGGCCUUGUUUGCACAGGAAAUGGUAUAUGUAGCUGUGGAAACUGUGAGUGCUGGGAAGGUUGGACUGGAAAUGCUUGCGAAAUCUGGCUUGGGACAGAAUACUCCUAAUGCUGCCACGGAACACUGAAGACUGAAGGAUUUUUGGGUCUGGUGCUUGUUUAUUUUAACUUAGGCUGCUAGAAUACUUAAAUGCAAGACAAACUUUGAGACAAGCAAAUCCACCACUAGGUAUAAGUGAGCACAGCAGCAUUUUUCCAGGUGUGUGUGCAUGGGGGCGGGGGGAAUCCAAUAAACAACACCAGGUUUUGAACCUGCUCUCAGUGCAGUCAGUGGGAACAGGGUAGGGCCCCUCCAAUAUCACAAAAGAAGACAGUAUAGCCUGUUAGAGUGCCACAAAUAAUCUUCGCUGGAAAUUGCACAGACAAGACACAUUAUAUAAUGUAGUUGGGCUACUGAAUUCCAGCUUCAUUGUGUAAUAAGAACUAUCUGCAUGAAAACGCUGCUUCAGAAAUAUGUAAAAAUUCCAAAUUAGAAGGGGAGGUCCCUUUGAUCCUGGCCUUUUCUCUCUUGCACACAUAGACACACACUCGCUCACACAGCUACACACACCCUCUCUGCUUUGUGUCACCCUACUCACCACCCCUUUCCACAGGUCUCUAGUAAGUGUCGGGAAGAGAUGGAAUGGAAAGGAGGCAUGUGAGGAAAUUUCUCCCUCCAUGAAGGUUUUGCUUUUUUUAAAAAAGGGGGAGCUGAAACUACUUACCUUGUUUGAUUUUAAAAAGUGCCAGAAAAUGACUUCCUACACCAGUGAUUUUAGGUCCAUGUUGAAAGCACGUUUGCAUUGUUUCAGUUCUGUUAACCAGUGCUGUUUUCCCUUCCCCUUCCCCCCCUUUCUUUCUAUCAUUUGCCCCCACUGCUCACAAUCUUACUGGCUGCUAUGAGCCACAUCACACAGCUAAGGAUGUCACUGCACGUCCUUUGGGGACACCCAUGACACUGGGGACACCUGUGAACAAAAUCAGAGGUGUUGCUGCAGCCAGCUGGAGUUGAUGGUAGUGUGGUUAAAUUAGGCCAAGUCUGUGAGAGUGAAGGAGGAGGAGGAGAAGGAAAACAGAGACUACCAGGAGCACCAAGCAGGACUGGAACAAUGCAGAUGUUUGCCAAAAUGCGUAUUUUUAAGUAAUCUUUUUAUUGGCAAUCAGAUGUGCCGCUGUUGUGUAGAACACCCCAAGUGUCUAGGACUGUGUGAAUGAAUCGUAAAGCCUCGCUGACCAAGCAGAAAUGAAUUAGUAAAAGUAAUUCAGCAGUACAUAUACAGUGGUACCUUGAGUUACGUACUUAAUUCGUUCCGGAGGUCUGUUCUUAACCUGAAACUGUUCUUAACCUGAAGCACCACUUUAGCUAAUGGGGCCUCGUGCCGCCGGAGCACAAUUUCUGUUCGCAUCCUGAAGCAAGGUUCUUAACCUGAGGCAAUAUUUCUGGGUUAGCGGAGUCUGUAACCUGAAGCGUAUGUAACCUGAAGCGUAUGUAACCCAAGGUACCACUGUAUAGGCCUUGAUUUGGCUCUUCUCACUCACCAAUGCCAUCAGGGACCUGGAAAGAAAAAAGGCAGUGGUGUGCCAGGGAUAUGGUAAGCCAGAGAACAAAAAGUACUUCCUUCACACAGGGAAACUUACUAGUGGGGGUGACCUCAAGGUUGGUUGCUGUUUCAUGGUCGCUGAACCACAGGACUAACUGAAUAGCUGAAAUAGGGUGAAAGGUGAUUCAGCCCCGUUUCCCACUAGGUAUAAGCAGGAUUUUUUAUAGGCAAAAAAGGUGCCAGAACUGCUCC